GUACGCGCAUUGCUGAAAAUGUGAUCGCAUUGAGUACAGUUUUACGUUCCAUCGUUCGACAGUUUCAUUGCGAGAUCAAUUAAUUCAGUGCUUCACGUAUCGCGACACGUCGUCGCAGCGAAAAUGUAACUGAGAGGAGUCUGAACACAGUUUGUGACAAGUUACACCGUCAAAAUCUCGCCGUGAACCGUAUCCCAUCUGUGCGCUAGGAUUCGUACCUACCGGAAGGACGAUUAUCGCCGUGAUGAAACUUCACGAGAAAAAGGAGUCCGGUAUUCACAGAGUGCAGGAGGUUCCACUGGAGGAGUUGGACCUCUCCAAGGAGUACGAAGUGGAGAAGACUCUCGGCGAGGGUAGUUUCGCGAAAGUUUUAUUAGCGACUCAUCGCGCGACGCGAACGAGGGUCGUCCUGAAGGCCGUUCAUCAGGAGUUAACGACGGAGAAGGACUUUUUCCGCGAGUUUCACUACUCGUACCACUUGAGCCCGCACCCGAGCAUCCUGUGCUCGUACGCGGUCGCGUUCAAAGCCGAGAAGUGUUUCGUUUUCGCGCAGGAAUACGCGCCGUACGGCGAUCUCGCGGGCAACGUGAGAGCCGGAGGCAUCAGCGAAGACGCGUGCAAAAGGAUCGCGAGUCAGCUAUGUUCCGCGCUCGACUUUAUUCACUCCAAACAGCUGGUUCACAGGGACAUCAAACUGGAAAACGUGCUCGUAUUCUCGUUGGACAUGUCCAAGAUCACGCUGUGCGAUUUUGGGUGCACCAGGCGCGAGGGCACUUUGGUGAACAAGAUCCGAUGCACUUGGUUACCGUUCGAACCACCAGAGAUCUAUGAGAUGGUGAAGAACGAGAGGUACCCGUGCAAAAGGAGCGCCGACUGCUGGCAAUUCGGCAUCGUCCUGUUCGUUUGCCUAACGGGGAAUCCUCCGUGGCAAACCGCCGACCUGAUUCAAGACCCAGAUUAUUCGGCAUUCCAAAGGUGGUUGAAGAGAAGGACCACGAAAGUCCCUCCUAAUUUCAGGCGAUUCACGCCUAGGUUGCUCAGAUACUUCAGGCGGACGUUCGAGCAUAAGCCCGAGAAGAGGCCGCACGUAACGGAGAUCAAUAAGUAUUUAAAGGACUCGUGGUGCGUGAACAAGAUAAGUCACAGCGCCAGUUCGACGCUGGUCGACGCUAACGAGAGCAUAGCAAGGAGAGGAGACAGUUUGCUCUAUCUGGACACGGUUCUCGACGAUCAGAGGAACGUGGACGAGAACAAGAACAAGCUGAGGAAGCUGUUGAACAGUUACGGCCUCGAGACGACGAUCGAUCAGAAAGUCGUCACCAAGAGGAUUUGGGAGUGGGUGAUGCAAUGUGAUUCCAACAUCGCGGAACCGGCUUUCCCCGGCAGCCUCGGUACGGAAAGCAUGUGAGGGAUGGUCAGGGCUUCUAGCGAACCUUGCCUGAGAAGCGAUCGCCGCGUACGGAAGUACAGUUUCGGUGGUUUUGACGCCACGCGCGAGGAACGCGCUCCGUCGCUGAGAUGUGCCAAUGUGACGGCGUUCGAGAGGACGGCGUCGGCCCGACACUUCCACUAGGGGACGACGCCCUCGCGUCGAGUCCUCGGACGGUGACCGGACACGAACGUAAAAACGUCUGAUAAUCCCUCCUAUCAUCUUCCUCAUCCCCUUCUUUUUCAGUCUCAACCACCCACACGCAUCUCUUUCUUUUUUCUCUUCAAUCUCCUCUACAAGCGGACCAAUUAUCGAACGCGUAUGCGCGUACGUGCAUACACGUACUCUCUUUCUCUUAUAUGUAUAUACAUUAUCGCACGAGCAUCUUUCGUACAUUUCCUUUUACGACACACAGCUUCGUGACGGGAAUCGCCUAAAGGGACUGUUAACGAAAAUGACAGGCGGUUCCCCACCAUUUUCCAUGAAUACGAAACGAAUGUGAUAAAAACCAAAUAAAGAACUCGUUAAGACUGCAGCGUGCAGGCGGUCGGUGUAUUCGUUGUCGACUAAUUAGAGACAAUAAUGACUGCGGAUUUCCUAGUAAUUUAUUACGUUAUAUGAUAAUCAGGCUGCGGAUUUUUAUGCAAACAUCAAUGCCAGUUAAUUAACCGAAUACGGAUUGAAAUUUAUUUUAUCGUUUAACCAUUCGCUUCUGAUGUUUUGUAUAUUUUUAUUCACAGCGUACAACGUUUAUUAUUUUUGUAUGAACGCGUAAAAUCUGCAGUCUACUGAUAAUUAUAUUAUAAAAUUAACGAACGAUAACCGGUAGGAGUCACUGUACGAGGCCUUUCGUAAAAAUCGACGGGUCCGUCCCGCUUGUACAAAGGCAGAACGGAUCUCUGAGAAAACCUCGAACAGAGGUUCAGGCGGUAUAAUAGUGUCGUUAAGCGAUAGAGCAUAAACAUAGCGUGCAUAUAUUCUUCUAGCAAUUUAUCGGUAGAAGAUUGGUGGUGCAUACACAAUAAGGUAGAGCUAUCUUACCAGAAAACAGCAGGCUAUAUACAAUACAUAUACAUACGUAACACUGUUCUUCCCCUACGUGAACAUUUGUAAAUUAGCGAACACGUAGAGAAGUAACGAGUUAAGAAUUAUUAAUAAUGGACGUAAACGAAAGGGAAGAAUUGUGCGACAUCAAAUCGCGUUGGGCCUUCGUUAACGCGAAGCAAUGUUUUCUAUACGUAUAAACGAUAUCGAAAUAAAUGUAUUAAAUAUGAAA